AUGAACUGGACGGGAGGUCGGUUGCAACGGCAUUCGAACAAUCGAUCCGGCAAUCUGGCUAGAAAUCAAAAGCAGAAGUUCGCAAAAUCAAGACUGAGGAGCACAAAUGAUUCUCGACAGGCUCCAUCGCUCAUUGAAUUCGCCACUUUUGGACCAUUGCUUCAGGCAAAGUUCACUGGAGACGAGACUCAACGGCUUGGGCUGGCUAGUCAGGUAGGAUGUUUGCUCCUUGAACCUGACGAUUGUGUGGCUCCAUGGGCCAAUCCCUCCCCGUCACGUUCGGCUAGGGAUUCCUCAAUCUGUUCUGAGCAAGUGAAUAACCCACAGCCGCCCGAUCGCAUCGAACAUAUCAGGCGUCAAUUAUUAGAAACUACAGACUGGGCUGCUGUGAGAGCUGCACAGCCUCUCAAAAUAUCGUUCACACCAGUCGAAGAGGUAGAGCACUUCGGCAAAAGACGAAGAUUAACCGAAGCCGACCGAACGAGAAUAGCUGCCGUGGAAAACGGGGCUGUGCCAUAUGAGAUUCCCAAGUCUCGCAGGGCUCCCCGACAGAAUAUAUCAUCGGAUCGACUUGGGAUUGAAGGUUUAGAGAUUAAGAUAAAUGGGCAGCGGUGCCAUACUGGCGAAAGCAUUCUCAAAGAGCGCCACGAGAACUUUUCCUCACAGCCAAUGCUCCUUGAUGGAGAUGUAUCAAUCCGUCCCGACCAAGGCUCGGAUCCGUCAGUACAGCCAUACAGUGACGCCAAGGCAUGGAGCGCAAAAGCAGACUCGGUUGACAGAUCAUUAUAUUGUCAGCGGAAAUCAGCUUAUCCUAAGUCAUCUAUACAUUCUAUCGCCAUUUCACGAUCUCGUCUCUCUGGAGCUGCCAUCCCGGGUCGGAUACCAUCCAGCAGGAACCGCAGUGAACUGAUCCAAACAUCCGGGUUUUCGGGUCAGGAUUUGGGAGCGUCAAUCUUGGCGCCCCAGAGGCACCAUGAGAGCAACAGAGUCCAUCAAUCAUCCGGGUCAAUCAUACAAAAUCGCUUCACAAUUGACGAUCAGAUAGCUGCCGAGAAGGGAAGGUGCUCGAAUGAUGGGAUAAUAAUAACGACACGUCCAGAUCGCCAUGGAGGCCCGCAGCUUGAACAGCGCCCGUUUUCACAGUCCUCACAAUAUUCACGCUCCCUCGGUCAAUCAUUCGGCCACCAUGAACAUGAACAUGCAGCAGCAGUCACGCGGUCACCAUCUGGAUGGCUUCCAGAGCCAAGGUACAGUAUACGACGGCCAUUGAGCCAGAAAGUCAACUCUCUUUAUUCAUUGGGGCCAGACACUCCUUGCGGAAAUUCGCGGGCUAGACAGUGUGCAUCACCGAUGGUGAUAUUCGGCCAACCUAUAGAUGUUGCAAGGAAUCAAGCAAGUAAUGGAACAACAGACUGGAUGCCGACUCCCUGGAACUCUGCAGUCAAGGAACCGAAAGUUACUCCGUUAACUGAGGAUAGUCACGCGACAUCGAUCUAUGGAUUUGCCAGCCAAAGUCCGGACAAUACAACGGACACCCAAGGCUCCUCACAGAUCAGUCACACAGGUAUUGGUGAUAAUGGACGAAUCAAUAUAAUCGAUAGAAUUUACACUGGGACUCCAAUUUUAGCAACAGCAACCCUGGAUCCGUGCGCAGCUUUUCUGUAG